GUGUGCCCCCUUUCUCCUUGACCUUGCAGAAACAUGGCAGUCGACUACUUUAUGCAUGAGAAGAUCUGGUUUGACAAAUACAAGUAUGACGAUGCUGAGAGAAGAUACUAUGAGCAGAUGAACGGGCCGCUUGGCAGCUCUUCCCACCAGCAGGAGAACGGAGCCAGCACGAUCCUACGCGACAUUGCCAGAGCCAGGGAGAAUAUCCAGAAAUCGCUGGCCGGAAGUGCGAGCACAACCUCUUCUGCGCCGGCUGGUGACCAAAAUGAACUCCUGUCCAGAAUUUCUCACCUGGAGGUAGAAAAUCAAAACCUUCGUAGUGUUGUUGCAGACCUUCAGAUGGCCAUCUUCAAGUUGGAAAGCCGCCUGAACGCUCUGGAAAAGUCAUCUACCUCCCACCAGCCCUCACCGGUUCCUCCAACCCAGAAAGUGGAACCUUUCAGCGUUCCUUCCAAGAAAGUGGAGCUCCCUUCUGCUUCACCGGCAAAGAAAGCUGAGCCAGCUGCUGCAGAGGAAGAUGACGAUGAUGACAUCGACCUUUUUGGUAGUGAUGAUGAAGAGGAAGACCAAGAGGCUGCUAAAGUCCGGGAGGAGAGACUCCGUCAGUACGCAGAGAAGAAGGCCAAGAAACCGGGUCUUAUUGCCAAGUCUUCUAUCCUUCUGGAUGUGAAGCCGUGGGACGAUGAGACUGACAUGGCGAAGAUGGAGGAGUGCGUCCGGUCCGUCCAGAUGGAUGGGCUGGUGUGGGGAGCCUCCAAGCUGGUCCCAGUAGGCUAUGGCAUCAAGAAGCUCCAAAUCCAGUGCGUAGUGGAGGAUGACAAAGUCGGAACAGACAUCCUGGAGGAGGAGAUCACCAAGUUUGAAGACUACGUGCAAAGCGUUGACAUUGCUGCUUUCAACAAAAUCUAGAAGCAAAACUGUAUCCCCUCUGAAACUGUAACUAAUAAAGAUCAAGACCGGGAGUGCAG